UGGUUUUUUUUUUUUUUUUUAGUUUUUAACCAGGUCCUUAUCUCAGACAGCUGCCUCAGCCAUUAUUUUCUUUCUGCUCUCUUCUUUGAACCAUGCCUGUCUUUUAUUCUCUGCUUUUUGUUUACCCUCCUUGUCAUUACACAUUCUCUUGUUGUUCCCAUUCCCUUCUCUCCAAGUCCACUCUUUCGGGCAACUUCUCCACACGCACCCUCUGGUCUGAGGUCUUUCUCUUCGUUUUCAUUUGUGCGUCUAUCUCCUGCAGUUUCCAUGUCCCUAGAUAACUGAGGUUCCUAGCAUAGCACCCGGAUUUUAGCAAAAAUUCCAUAAAUACAAGUUGGUCCUUUUGUAUGUGAUUUUAGGCAAAGGGAAAGAAAUGUGCAAAAUAAACAGCUCAAAUGGAAACACAAAAUUAGAGCCAUGAAAAGGAGGAGAGAUAAAAUAUGUGACUCGAAAGGAUCAGUCUAGUUAGAAUGAUUGAGCAUGAAAUUUUGCUUCCUGGCAGCCGAACCAGAGAAUUUUUAGACCCAUGUACUCUCCGGUGCAUACAGGGUGAAGGGCCAGAGGAGAGGAAAUGAGUUCUCUUUUUGCCUUGACCCAGCCCGAUUUCAGAGCACACACUAUUCCCCAUAUCUCCAUUUUGUUUUCAGCAAUCCAUUAAUCUCUUGCUGAACAUCCAGAGCUCUGUGUGUUAAAGCCUUACUCAAAUGCUCCUCAGGAGGUUGCUCUCUACGGUAAAUACAAGGCUUCUGAUGAAGAGCCCAAGAUGAUUGUGCUGCUCUACGUGACAAGUCUUGCCAUCUGUGUAAGUGGACAACCUCGGGGGAAUCAGGCCAAGGGAGAGAGCUACUCUCCCAGGUAUAUCUGCAGCAUCCCUGGCUUACCUGGUCCCCCAGGCCCUCCUGGAGCAAAUGGCUCUCCUGGACCCCACGGUCGCAUCGGCCUUCCUGGAAGGGAUGGUAGAGAUGGCAGGAAAGGAGAGAAAGGAGAAAAGGGCACUGCAGGUAUAAAAGGUAAGACUGGACCCCUGGGCCUUGCUGGUGAGAAAGGAGACCAAGGCGAGACUGGGAAGAAAGGACCCAUAGGACCAGAGGGUGAGAAAGGAGAAGUCGGGCCGGCUGGGCCUCCUGGGCCAAAGGGAGACCGAGGAGAUCAAGGGGACCCAGGGCUGCCUGGCGUGUGCAGGUGUGGAAGCAUCGUGCUGAAGUCUGCCUUUUCAGUUGGCAUCACAACCAGCUACCCAGAAGAAAGACUACCCAUCAUAUUUAACAAGGUCCUCUUCAACGAGGGGGAACACUACAACCCUGCCACAGGGAAGUUCAUUUGUGCUUUCCCAGGGAUCUAUUACUUUUCUUAUGAUAUCACAUUGGCCAAUAAGCACCUAGCAAUUGGGCUGGUGCAUAACGGGCAGUACCGAAUAAGGACCUUUGAUGCCAACACAGGGAACCAUGAUGUGGCCUCAGGGUCCACAGUCAUCUACCUGCAGCCAGAAGAUGAAGUCUGGCUGGAGAUCUUCUUCAAUGACCAAAAUGGCCUCUUCUCAGACCCAGGCUGGGCAGACAGCUUAUUCUCUGGGUUUCUCCUCUACGUUGACACAGAUUACCUAGAUUCUAUAUCAGAAGACGAUGAGCUGUAAUAUGGACUGCAAGCCUGAGUGUCCCAGCAGGAACAUCACAGUGGCUUACACCCUGACUCAGUCUGGAGUAUUGGAAGGUGGAACAAGUGAUAAGGCAUUCGAAAACUUUUUUUUUUUACAGAAAGCUCUGGCAGAAUUUACCAAAAUAAGACAAACCACCAGCCAGGUGAAAUUACAUCAAAAUGAACAGUAUACAAUAACCCCAGACAUGAACCCCCUUGAAAGUAAUGAUGAUGAAUAUUUAAGCAAAUUAAAGAUGAUGUUAACAUAUUUGAGUGCCCUUGGUGAUGCAACCAGCUGGUAGUGACACUGCCUCAUUAAAUAUUCAUAAAACGCCA